AUGGCAAAAACACCAAGGCUGUUGCUUGUUUUAUUGUCUCUCCGAAGGAAAAGGCUGGUAAAAUUAAUGGUUAUCACUAUCACAUUGUUUACUUUAUACCAAACAUUUACCGUAAGCACGGAAGGAGGCAUACCUCUGAUUUUGAAAUUUCCAGCUUUUAAUCGUGAUCAAAACUCAUGGGGAAAGUCUUUAUUUGAUGUUGAAAAUAGUGAUCGCAAGCUCAAUUUAUCUGGCCUUAACGCUCAUGUCUGGUACGACAUCUGCCCAACUUCAAUCAAAGCCUUUUGCCACCACCCGUUCUUUCCCGAACAGCCAAACGAGAGAAUAUUUGCCAAGCAGCUAAGCCUAACAAGAGGUCAAGACAAUUAUAUUCAAAGAAUUUUCGGGUUCUUACAUCCCCCAAAGACAGGAAAAUACAGAUUUGCCAUCGCUUCUGAUGACAUGUCAGAACUGUGGUUAAGUCCCAGUGAAGACCCUUCUGAGGCCAUUUUAAUUUGUAAAGUAGAUGAGUGGGUUCCAAGAGGCGAAUUUCAGCGCCAUUGGUCACAAACCUCAAGCAUAAUAGAGCUUCAACAGCACCGUAAAUACUACGUCGAGGUACUUCAUGGUCAACUUGGGGGAGAUGAUUUUGUGGUCGUUGAAUGGAGUUUGCCUGGCAUGGGGACGGAGUUCAAACCAAUUGACUUGAAUGAUACUUCCUUGUUUGUUGACGACAUCAAUACUCCGCACAAUUACCACACGGAGAUCUCAAGCGGUGCAUGCGAAUCAAGACCCCAUCAUCAACACAAGAAAAAUAAUUCUGUCAAUCCCUUGCCAGAGUAUCUUUCCCAUGAGACAGUAGCAAAUGUUCUUCCUUACUGUAACUACACACCAAGCUAUCUAACUAAGAUGGAGAUAACCGCUGACCAGCCUAAAAAGUUCUAUAAAUUUCUGGACAGUCAUUAUUUUCCUGUGGAUAGUUUUCCUCCAGUGGAAUACGAAAACGUGGCCAAUCCAAUGUAUGCGAAUCAUGAGCUUGAUGUAAUUGAAGCACAAAAGGCGGCAAGGCUUUUCAUGGAUAGCCUUCAUCUGCACUACCCUGGGCAAGUAUAAGCAAUAAUACUCACUAAGGCAUAUGUCAAGCUGACUGCAGCCGGCUGCAGCUCUGGUCAGUUCUGAGGCCUUUUUCUCCUCCCUGAAUGUGCCAGCUUACGAAAGCUAUUUUAGUGAACAUCUGUCUUGAAGAGACAGCCUGGAUCACACCGCUUCUUCAUAUUUUAAAGAAAGCUAGAGUUACCCUAGUGCUACCCCACAGGGGACGUUGCUAGUGCGCUGAAAACUUCUCUUCUUGUAUGAAUCGGGCCAUUGUCUAGUUACUUUUUAGCCACACCUUGGAGUAGGCACUUUUACUCUUUUUUCUCACAAGAUUAAGAGUACAAUUUAUCUGUAGUUUUCCCUCGACAUAUCUUCAAAGUUUUCUGUUAAACGUUUUAACCUUUCUGGUGAACAAUAGGGCCAUUUAUACGAGGAAAAAUAAGACGCGUCUUAAAUAAGACGUGAACUGUACCGUUUAUACGAGCAUGUCUUAUCUAAUAAGACGCGUCUUAGCUAAGCCGCGUCUUAUUUUAGACGAAAUGUGCCGUUUAUACGGAAAUUUCGCGUCUUAUUUAAGACGCGUCUUAUUUUUCCUCGUAUAAAUGGCCCUAAUGAGUUAUUGUUCACGUAACUAAAUGUCAUUACCUGUCUGUAAAAUCAUUACAACAAUAUCAGAUCAAUUUUCAAAGCUUUCUUUCUCUUGUAUCUCUUGCAGGAAAUUCAAAAUUCUUGAACUUUUCAACGUCGAAAGAAAACUCGAUAAACAGUUAGGCAGCCGUUUCCUCUUGGAGUUUUUAGUAAAGGUUUCGGGACAAGACAAACCCGCCAUGAUUUCGGAAUUCGUCUUUUUGCCUAAAGAUUCUGAAAACUUGUGUUAUCCCAAAGGAUUGCAGUGGAAUAGACAAGCUAAAGUGGCUUUGGUGAUCUCAGCAAAAGACCAGGGCAGAUGGUUAGCACACUUUCUUAACAACUUACAGGAAAUGUACUCUGUAACUAGGGAUGAAAAUGUAGAAGUUGUGCUUUUCAAUUAUGAAAGUUCUGAUAUUAAUUUAGAGAAAGAGCUUGCUCUGAGGACUCUACCCCCCUGCACGGUCAUUAAUGCUCGGGAAGAGCACUAUUCUCGAAGCAAGUCUUUAAACAAAGGAGUUCAAGAGAUCCAGGAUCCACAUACAAUUAUUUUUUCUCUUGAUCUUCAUCUGGAUUUACCCAUUUCACUGUUUGAUGACAUCCGAAAAGUAAGUAAAUCUGUUUAUGAGAAAUUUCUGCAAUUUGAUUGGCUUAGAGCAGCGGUAUUUCAGCUUAAUUUGAAAUACCUACAUGUAAAAAUUAUAACCGUAUGCCGGUAGUGGUAUAAACAAAUAAUAGCAUGAUUUGUACGUGAUAUUUGGCGUAAAUACCACUCGUGAUAUUUCAAAAUUGUCUAAAUUUUACUCGCCUAACGGCUCGUUAAAUUUCGUAUAACAAUUUCGAAAUAUCACUCGAGGUAUUUAUGCCAAAUAUCACUAUAAAUCAUGCCAUCACCUAUACUAAGUCUCCUCUGAUCAAUAAUAUUCACUAAAUAGAUAAGCUUGUUUCAAACGGAAUGAAACGGGAAAAAACAGCUAACAGGCCCUUGUUCAAGAUGUGGUAACGCUGGUAAAUCACUAUAUCAUGACGCCAUAUUGGUUUUCCCAAUACAUUGUCCAUAUGCUUAUCACAGUGGGACACAUUCUGACGUCAUUUCCAUGGCUUUCUAGUCAACUUAGACCAAUCAGCGGCGGGGACAACACUCGUUUAUUGUUAAAGACGAUUUUACCGGUGAAUAGUGAUGAAAAACUCAAGUCAAAAAAGUAGCCUCGGAUCACCCUGUUGGGGUGGGACCCCAGUGACAAAGUUGACAUAUUUUUAGCAAACGUCUGCGAACAUUUGUUGGCAAUUACAAAUCGAUUAUUAUAGAGGUUUCCCUCUAACUUCUUAAUUUAAUAUCUAUGGCAUCGAGUUAGUGGGGCUGUUAAAACCGUAUCUAAAUAUAAUUUUUUCCUUCUCAUGUACCGUACAGCACUGUUUUGAGGGACGUUCUGUGUACACUCCAGUUAUCAUCCGUUUAGGAUGUGGCGAAACUCCUACGAUGCCUAAAGGGAGAUGGGAACCAUUUGGAUUUGGUUUGGUUGGUAUUUACAAGAGUGAUUGGGACCGAAUUGGAGGUCUUAAUGAGAAGCUUUUUGAUACGAAAUGGGGAGGUGAAGACUGGGACUUAAUGGAAAGACUUGUAAGCGAUAACAUGGAAUAUGAACGAGUUCGACAUCCUAAGAUUUUCCAUUACUAUCACUCAAGACGUGGGAUAUGGACUGGUGACAAAGAUUUAAACAGAAGAAAACGUUAA